AUGCGCACAUCACUCCUCGUCGUAGCCCUGGCUACUCUCCUCUCAGCAUCGGCCGUUGUUGCCACUGAAGUCGCAGCAGCACCGUUCGAGCAAAGAGAAGCCUCUCCCGUAGCAGCGCGUGACGCAGUCCCUACGCCCUUCGAGCUGGAAAGGCGACAGAACGGUGCCGGUCUGGGAGGAGGAGCAGGAGGCGGAGGUGAUGAUCUCACCUCAGCGACGGGCCUUCAGACGAUCAGCGGCUACACUCCGCCACAGUCGACUGAGAUCCCCUCGCCCGUAGUCUCGUCUGGCAGGAUCUUGGCUACCAACCAGAUCCCGGGCUUCAACACUAGCCAGUCUUCUGGUGCAGAGGGCUUCGGUAUGGCUGCGGCGGGUGGGCACGCAGUUGCGGCACUGGGUGGUCUCGCGGCGGGGGCUGCGUACCUCCUUUUCUAA